UUCCCUGCUUGGCUCUGACGUGCUCUUAAGGAGGGAGUAAGUAGGGCCCUCCUUUUGCGGGUCUAGAGGAAUCUUUUGAUGGCUAGCCUGGAGUGCAGCGGAGUUAGGGUCCCGUCCCCCCCUAAUUUUGCAUGCCGCUGGACUAGCCCUCCUGAUCUGGGAAGAGGAAGGUGAGCUAGUGAUUGUCCUUGCCAGCUUUCUCUUCCUCUUCCCCUGCCAAGAUCUCCCCCUCCCCCCGGUUUACCUGAGCACAGGUUUGUUAGGAUUUUUUACCUCAGGCUGCAAUAAAGUUUGUGUGUGUGUGACAUCAGGGAUUCGGGGGUUCCAGGAAAUGGAUUAUGAUGUCAUUGCAGGCCCCAGGUGGGAUAUGGAUUUAUUUAAUAAAGGGAAAUGUGAUCCCUUGCGAACCCUGAUUUUGCUGUGUGUUCGAAUCAGAACUGUUGGCUGGAGAUUUCUCCCCAAGGUACUUCACAUGGACAUAAUUGAAUAGGAGAGAAAAUUGGGCUGGAUUGCAUUUUGGAAACCAUAUGGUACUUUCUUGGAACCCAAGCUGCAUGCUGCCACAUCUAUAUAUUCUCCAGAAAUGGAAGGUUCAUAGGAUCAUAGAUAUAAAGCUGGAAGGGACCUUAGACCAUCAAGUCCAACUCUCAUUUUACAGGGCAUCUGGCAUGUGUAAAGCCAUAUUAUAAACUACAGAAGAAACAUUGACCUUUGGAAAUUGGUGAUAAAACUCAACUCAUUUGAGCUGCCAAAGGCAUUUAUAAAAGAAGAAAAAUAUACAAAUGCCUACACAAGAUUAAGUGUCCUUCCUUCACCAUGAGUCAUUAAAGCAUAGAAUAGGUCCUUUUGGGAUUAUUCCAUUGAAUAUUAUGUGUAAUAUGAGUGGAAAAGGUCCUGCAGAAAGCUUGAGUGUUAAAGACAAGACUAACACUCCAACCAUGGCAAUCCAUCAAGGAGAAGAAGAAGAAGGACCGCUGUGUAUGUGGGCUGUUGUGAAACCUGGAAAUACUAAGGAGAAAAUUGCCUUCUUUGCAGCCCAUCAGUGUAGCAACAGGACAGGUUCAAUGAAAAUUAAAAGCACUUGGGAUAUUGAUGGAAGAGCUACCAAGCGAAGGAAGAAAUCAGUGGAUCUUAAAAAAGUCAAGAUACAGUUAGAAAGGAUGAAAGAAACCAAUAUUAGACCCUACCAGUCUGAGCCUUUUGCUUGUGAUAUUGAGCACUGUUCUUUGCAUUAUAUGAGUGAUAGUGGAAAUGGAUUCUAUCCAGGGAGACCUGCAUCAGUCAUUGAAAUGGUUGCUUUUCUAGAGCAGCGAGCAAGUGCUUUGCUGGCUACAUGUACCAAAAACUGCCUAAAUUCUUCUGCCACGCUGAGAUUUGCUAGGCAAUCUAAAGAGGUGCCUCCAGCAUCUGAUCUGUUCUGUGUCUUGGAAGCCCAUGGGGAGUCUCCCCCAAGAGAAAACUCCAAGGGUAGCAAGCCUCAGGGUGAAACUGUGCAUGUGCUUGACAUGGUGGCUAGGCUGGAGUCAGAGUGCCUGAAGCAUCAGAGAGAGCGUGAAAUGGGGGGAGGCCUUUCUAGAAAUAAUAGUUUCCGGAGGCAUGUGGGCCGGGUGCUCCUGGCAAAUGGAACUCAGGCAGAUGGCAAGGAAGCAGAGAAAGAAUCACCUGAGAUCCCAGACACCCAGGCGAAUCCUGCUGUUGUGACUAGAGAUUGUAAUUCUGAGAGACUCAACCACUGCUCUUCUCUGCAGGGAACCCAGUCUUGGGAAUGUGCCUCCACAACUUCAUUGCCAACAUGUGUGGAUUUCCACAUGGACAAUGUGGAGUUAGUGCCAAGUCAACAGACUGCUGUGAAAACAAGGAGUAGGUGCGAUGUGGAAAUGACUGAGGAACUAGGUUCAUCUUUUCUUUCUCUAACCUGUCCCAAAGCUUUUGAGUUGCCCUCAGAUACUAUGCAAAGCAAAAGCAUAACUAUUGAUUGCAUGAGUAAGAAGAUUGUGCCAUUUCCUAGCCAGAAUCCUGAUCAAAGAAUGAGGGAAUCUGUAUGUAUUAGUAUUUCUGUGUCCAGGGUGGAGAAAGAACAAGAUUCUAGCAUAAGCCUUUGUGAAGAUCCACUCCCAGGGAUGUUGUUCUUUCUUCAGCCUAAUCAACCUGAAAAAACUUGUUCCAAGUCAAAUGAAAGCAAAAGGGGUUCCCCAAGACCCCUCCCAAAUGCAGAUUCUUCAGAAGAUGAACCAGAACUUGGAGGAAAAGGUGUUUCAGUGGUAGAGCCCUUUGCACUGCCUCGCUCUACUCUGGAAAGCACUAUGGGAAAUGCAUUGCAGGUUCUAGAGGGUUCCUUUUUGAAGAAGCAGGUGUCUCAUGACUUUUUGGAGACCAGGUUUAAAAUUCAACAGCUGCUAGAGCCUCCACAGUACAUGGCCUUCCUGCCCCAUCAUAUAAUGGUGAAAAUCUUUAGGUUUCUUCCAACAAAGAGUUUGGUAGCUCUUAAAUGCACUUGCUGCUAUUUUAAAUUCAUCAUUGAAUACUAUAAUAUCAGACCAGCAGAUUCUCGCUGGGUAAGAGAUCCACGCUAUAAAGAAGAUCCCUGCAAGAAGUGCAAAAAAAAGUAUGUUAAAGGGGAUGUGUCACUCUGCCGAUGGCAUCCAAAGCCCUACUGUCAAGCCUUACCCUAUGGCCCUGGGUACUGGAUGUGCUGUCACCGUUCCCAGAAGGGGGUUCCUGGCUGUAAGCUGGGUCUUCAUGACAAUCACUGGGUCCCUGAUCUGCGUGGUUAAAGCCGUGCUAUCUGUAAGACAAGCUGAAGAAGACCAGAAAGAGCCUGUGUGAAGUUUAAUGCAAUGAGUGAUUUUAUUUUUAAACAAUUAAUACAAUCAUAUUUUUUUAAACCUCAAUGAAAUGUACAUUCUAGAUGACACACCCAUGUUGUAGAGAAAGGCCAGGUGGGUGGGGUAAGAGUGAAAUGAUAGAGUAAAUGGAGAAUGUAUGAAUUGAAAAUGGUUUGAAUGACAGGCACUGAUGACAGGAGAAAACUUCUAAAUGCAAAUCAGUGGGAGAAGUAUAAUCUCAAGGGGACCACUUUGAAGGGGGUUGUGCUCAUUCAGAUGUAUAAAUUCUGGUAUAUGGUUUUUAAAGAAAUCGCUCAUCACUGUAUGCUUGAUUCUCUGGGUUGUUAUUUGUGGUUAGCAAAUGAAUGUCAUGCCCUGUGUUGUUUACAGUGUAUAUAUUUGUUUUGUUUUCACAGGCUGUGAAACCUGUGUGUGGCCUUUACUUGGUAGAUGAGCACUUUUAGCUCCUUUGUAAAUAGCAUUAUUAAAAACUGUUGUAUAUAGUAAACAACUGGCUGAACAACUUAAUCACUACAAUGCAGCUUGGAAAGUGUUGCAGCUAUAGUUGUGUGCCCAAGUAUCUUGUCUCAGAUUUGUAUAUCCUGUAUAAAACACAAGUGUUUCCUGAAUAAAAUAUGAAUGUUUUCCAAUAUAAUAUAUGAAUGUUUCUGGGAAGAAACUCUUUAAGUACUGAAGGAACAAAGCUGGGGACCUGAUCUGUCAAAUCAAGGUGUUCAUUCCAAAAUGGAAUGUUCCCAGCUUUGUUUCUUGCUUGGCUUGGCUUGUAAAUCCUCUCUUUCUUCAUGCCUCUUCCACAGGGGUUAACUUGUUAAAGGAUCCCAAGAUGAUGGCUUAACUGGACAACUUUAGACAAGAACAACCCUCUGUUAUAUUAGUGAAAAUCAGUGAAUAAAAGAGUACUGUAUAGUCAAAUUAUAAAAUUGUUUACUUUAUCCAUAUUGUCUGGUUAUAAUUUUUUAACUUCCAAUAAAAUAUGAAUUCUAAAUAGGAA